AUGCGUGACUACCGUCGUAUGCUAUACCGCUUGGACUUGGCUACGCCAUACCAAUCCAUACCAGCGCUUCUCCAACAUUUUAUGGACUCCUCUCCCUACAACGGAGUGAUAGAAAUGCGUCUUGUUACCACCCCAGUGGCAAGCACUAGCGAUCCAUCCUUGGGCGGUGAGGGCUCCAGUCCCGGGUCUAAUCAACAGACUGGCGGAACCCCCCCUCCAUCCUCAAAUCUCCCCGAAGAAGUAUCGAGUUGUAACUCGCCCCCUCGUAACUCAACAUCCCAGAACAUUCGAAAUCUUCCAUCGAGCACGAUGGUAACGUUUCAGCGUGAGGGCAGCGAAGUAAACGCCGUCGCGCUCUAUGGCACCCCUACCUCUUUCAGGACAAGUUACAACGAUUCGCGUGGGAAUAUCCCUCCAGGCUCAUCCUUGCCUAGUUCGCGCACAUACGCUAGUGGGACUGUCACGCCCUCCCGCCAGACUUCCGACUCCCACUUUGACCCGCUGUUCGCAUUCGCCCCAUCAGACAUAUCUGCCAACCACUCGGUUCCUGCGUCAUCUUCCACGAUUACUUAUGGUCAGUCCUCAGAUUACGGAGCUACGGCUUACCCUACACCCCCGCCGAUCACCAGACGUGGACGCCAGCCUCCUCCUCGACCUAUAUCCCCUCCGUUUAUGUUUCCUCACCCACAAGCCAGUCUGCGCCCCCCUCCUCCCCCGGUGAUUCGCAAGCGCUUCCCUCCUCGCACAACACUUGUCUGGGCCUUCGUUCCUCUAGUUCAGAGAUACCUUGCCGCUGGUGCUGGAACAUUACUAUUUGAGUGCCGUAGCUACACCACGCCACCUUCUCCCUACGCAUCAUACAGUGAUGAUCCUUCCUUGGACAUUAUUGCCCAAGGUGGCCCAUACAAGCGGAUGGUUGGCUACGUGGGCCGGUUAUUCGACGGAGGCCUUGCCGUCUAUGAAUUAGCAGAUAGCGUUGCAGCCACUGCAGCGAUGGACAGCGUCAUGCUUAUGGGAAUGGCGGGAGUUGAAGCUGUUGGAAGAGGGCCUGCGAUCGCUGAACGAGGGUCAUCUCAUAGCCGCUGA